UAAAUACAAGAACUAUUAAUUGAACAACUAUUUAAAUAGUAUAAGCUGAUAUUGUAGAAGAAUUAGUAGAUGUUGUAGGUAAAUUUUAAACUCUUUAUUAGUGAAUUCUUCUCAUGAACUAGACCGGUCUUAUACAUCAAAACGGUAAUUAAGAUAAUUAUCUGUUGGUUGGGGGUAAAAAUAAAAAAGCAAAUGAGCUUAUCUAACAAAAUAUUAAUGUUACUCUAUAAUAAUAGUGAAUAUUGGAGAUUUAAUAAUAACAAGCGCAGAAAAUAUCAAUUCUGUUCAAAUCUUUCAUGUAAGAUAGCCAUUUUAUUAAGUAAUACAAUAUUCUUUAAACAUAGGAUGCCAAAGAUUUACUACAAAUAUUCAAUGUCUAUAAAAUUUGUUUACAAUAGAAAGGACAUAAGACUAUAUCAUUUACUGAAUAGAAC